UAUUGCUAUUGGUCAUUUCAAACGUCGAUCUUAGGCUCGUCAGCACAGCUUUUUAAGAUAGGUUUCACGAGCAAAAUACCAAGACAGGAAGCGAGUUGACGGCAGGGAUGCGGUCCUUCCAGCCGGAUUAACUUUCGUCCUUGCAUCAAAAUGGAAGAAAUGCCAAGGGAUGCUUGGUGUUGGAGCUUCCAAGUUGCUCAAGAGCCCUUUAGAGUCCAAGGCCGUCUUUUGUGAAUUAGACAUGAGUGGCAGCAUUGUGGCAAAAGACUACUGGAAAAAAUUUUUUCCCUCCAUUUCUCUCAUUUGAACACCACCUUUUGGGGGCUAAUUUUCUUCCCUGCAUCUCACCACACCAACUCUGUUGUCAACCUCAGUCAGAGUUGAGUCACUUGUGUCCUCUGGCCUCGUGCCCUUCCGUUGGUGUUGGUGUACGAUGGCGCGGUGGCACGCUGAGGGCUGCAGCGUGAGACUGUGAUGUCAGUGCCAAACAGCCCGGGUGAGAGCCGGCGUGGCGCUCCCAGAUUCUUCGUGGGUUGCGAAGACGAUGAGAGCGAGGUCCUGGAUAGUACAACGACAGACAUGGAACUGUAUGACGACGACGAAGACACAGACUCGCCACCAGAGCAACAGAUUGUGGUGGGAAUCUGCUGCAUGAUGAAGAAGUCAAAGUCCAAACCAAUGACCCAGAUCCUGGAGAGGCUAUGCAGGUUUGAGUACAUCACUGUAGUCAUCUUUCCAGAGGAUGUCAUCCUCAAUGAGCCUGUGGAAAAUUGGCCGCUGUGUGACUGUCUCAUCUCGUUCCACUCCAAAGGAUUUCCACUGGAUAAAGCAGUGAGCUAUGCCAAACUAAGAAACCCUCUGCUUAUCAAUGACCUGAACAUGCAGUACUACAUACAGGACAGGAGAGAAGUAUAUCGUAUCCUGCAGGAAGAAGGAAUAGAUCUUCCACGCUAUGCUGUCCUAAAUCGCGACCCGGAUAAUCCAGAUGAGUGUAACUUGGUGGAAGGAGAAGACCAUGUGGAGGUGAAUGGAGAAAUAUUUCAGAAGCCUUUCGUUGAGAAGCCGGUCUGUGCCGAGGACCACAACGUCUACAUCUACUACCCUACUUCUGCCGGUGGUGGUAGCCAGCGUCUCUUCAGAAAGAUUGGGAGCAGAAGCAGUGUGUACUCACCAGAGAGCAGUGUGAGGAAAACUGGUUCUUACAUCUAUGAAGAGUUCAUGCCAACAGAUGGCACUGAUGUCAAGGUGUAUACUGUGGGGCCUGACUAUGCUCAUGCCGAAGCCAGAAAAUCUCCUGCAUUGGACGGGAAGGUAGAGCGGGACAGCGAGGGCAAGGAGGUCCGUUACCCUGUCAUGCUGUCAGCUAUGGAGAAACUUGUGGCCCGAAAAGUCUGUUUAGCAUUCAAGCAAACUGUCUGUGGCUUUGAUCUCCUCCGAGCCAAUGGACACUCCUUUGUGUGUGACGUCAACGGUUUCAGUUUUGUGAAGAACUCUAUGAAAUACUACGAUGACUGUGCAAAGAUCUUGGGGAAUCUUGUAAUGCGGGAGCUGGCUCCCCAGUUUCAGAUUCCAUGGUCCAUCCCCACUGAGGCAGAGGACAUCCCAAUUGUUCCUACGACGUCAGGGACCAUGAUGGAAUUACGCUGUGUCAUAGCCGUCAUCCGCCAUGGAGACAGAACACCGAAGCAGAAGAUGAAGAUGGAAGUUCGCAACCCACUGUUCUUUGACCUUUUUGAAAAAUAUGGAGGAUACAAGACUGGGAAAUUAAAACUAAAGAAGCCUAAGCAGCUGCAGGAGGUGCUGGACAUCACACGGCAGUUAUUAGCGGAACUGGGUCAGCACAACGACUGUGAGAUAGAAGAAAAGAAGUGCAAACUGGAGCAGCUAAAAACUGUUCUAGAAAUGUAUGGGCACUUCUCUGGGAUCAACAGAAAAGUGCAGCUAACUUACUUGCCUUAUGGGCAGCCCAAAACUUCUAGCGAAGAAGAAGACACACGUAAAGAAGGUCCAUCUCUGCUGCUUGUACUUAAAUGGGGAGGAGAGCUGACGCCUGCUGGCAGAGUGCAGGCUGAGGAGCUUGGGAAGGCCUUCCGUUGUAUGUACCCUGGAGGACAAGGAGACUAUGCUGGUUUUCCUGGCUGUGGAUUACUGCGGUUGCAUAGCACUUAUAGACAUGACCUGAAGAUAUAUGCAUCUGAUGAAGGCAGGGUGCAGAUGACUGCUGCAGCUUUUGCAAAGGGUUUGUUAGCCUUGGAGGGGGAGCUGACUCCCAUCCUGGUACAGAUGGUAAAGAGCGCUAACAUGAAUGGGUUGCUGGAUAGCGACAGUGACUCACUAAGUGGCUGCCAGCAUCGUGUUAAAGCCAGACUUCAUGAGAUUCUACAGAAAGAUAGGGAUUUUCUUGAUGAAGACUACGACAGGCUGGCCCCAUCAUGUAGUGUGUCUUUAGUGAACUCGAUGAAAAUAGUCCAGAACCCUGUGGAAACUUGUGACCAGGUUUACGCCCUCAUUCAAAGUCUGACUGCACAGAUCCGUAAAAGAAUGGAGGAUCCCAAGUCAGCUGACCUGCAAUUGUACCACAGUGAGACAUUGGAGCUGAUGCUACAGCGCUGGUCCAAACUUGAGAGAGACUUCCGCAUGAAGAACGGUCGCUAUGACAUCAGUAAAAUACCUGACAUUUAUGACUGUGUCAAAUACGACGUUAUUCAUAAUGCCACUCUGGGAUUGGAGGACACACUGGAGUUGUUCAGACUUUCUCGUGCCUUGGCUGAUAUUGUCAUUCCACAGGAAUAUGGCAUAAACAAAGCUGAGAAGCUGGACAUUGCAUAUGCCUACUGCCUUCCACUGGUCAGAAAGAUCCAGCUUGACCUACAGAGGACCCAUGAGGAUGAGUCCGUCAACAAACUGCACCCUUUAUAUUCUCGUGGAGUGAUGUCACCUGGACGCCAUGUGAGGACACGUCUCUAUUUCACCAGCGAAAGUCACGUACACUCUCUGCUGAGUCUUUUUCGCUAUGGUGGUUUGCUUGAUGUAAGUGUUCCCACCUUAACUGAGUCAUUCAAUCUGCCUGGGAUCAGGCUGAAACUGAGUUUAUAUGUGUUUUAUGUGCUACAGGAAGAAAAGGAUCAGCAGUGGAAUCGUGCCAUGGAUUACCUGAGCGCUGUCUCGGAACUCAACUACAUGACUCAGAUUGUCAUCAUGUUAUAUGAGGACAACAAUAAGGAUCUCACUUCAGAGGAACGGUUCCAUGUGGAGCUUCACUUCAGCCCGGGAGUGAAAGGUGUUGAGGAAGAGGAAAAUGCACCAACAGGCUUUGGUUUUAGGCCUGCCUCUGCAGAGGUAGCGCGACAGAAUGGGCAAAAGCAGACAGACCCUGGAAGCCUGGAAGACCUCUCACGCGAUGAAACUGAUAGAGCUGUACCGUUGUCUGAGCCCAUCACCAUCCAGAGAAGAUCACCACUUAUACGCAACCAUAAAACUGGAUCAAUGGAGGUUCUGUCAGAGACUUCAUCCUCCAAAGUAGGCAGUUAUCGCCUCUUCUCCUUCUGUUCUCGCCAGUCGCCUGACAUGAAACAAAGUGGGCUAGGCUCUCAAUGUGCCGGGCUGUUCAGCACCACUGUCCUAGGUGGGUCCUCUAGCGCACCUAACCUGCAGGACUACGCACGCGCGCACCGCAAAAAAUUCUCCACCAGCAGUCUGUCCUACAAAGACGAGCCACUGGAGGAGCACCAAGUGGCCGAGUUGUUGAGGCGUUUCUCGACAGAACCCAGUCUGUACUACCACCUUUCUUUGGACGGUGCGCUUACCCACCAUCUCCACCAGUGCUCCUACCACCUCCGCCUCUUCCGAAACUGGCUUAUCUCCGGCCAAGACCCCCUAGAGUACCUCCAUGGCUUUGACGGAUGCUCCAUGGUGCCCUCCAUUUAUCCUCUGGAAACACUGCACAACUCACUGUCACUCAAACAGGUUAAUGAAUUCCUCACGAGUGUGUGCGAGUGUGCAGGGGAUCCACACACCAGGACUACCAGAGCUCUGUCGGCCAUGUUUGGGGCACACAACCAUGCGUCGGGGGACUCCUACAUCCCCCACAGGGUCCUCUCCUCAUCCAUGUCCCUCCGGUCUCGUUCAGACAAGCCUCCGUGGUACAGCAGCGGUCCUUCCAGCACAGUUUCCAGCGCAGGACCGUCUUCUCCCACCACAGCCGACACUUCCCCACGCUUCAGUUUCAGUGAUAAGAUCUCCCUCACUCCUCAAAGUAGCGAGGAAACCCAUUCCUCUCAGAACCUUCCGUCCCAGCCCGCGCCCCCAACGCUGACACAAGUUCUCGACGCAAACGUGGUCUGCAUGUCAAGCCCGUGUGAAGUCGCACCGUCGCCUAAUAACUCUGCACAAGAUGGCGGCGAUGAACUCAGCAGUACUGACAGCCUACUUGAUCAUCCCGACCAGGAAGUGGCUUCUCCAGCCGUGGAUCUUUCCAGCUGCUGCGUUCUGGAGCCUGCUUUGCGGCCGCCCGGCUCCGCUUUGACCGAGCUCUCUCUGGGCCGAAUGGAAGGUUACUGCCUCCCGAGCUCGCUGCCCGUGCUGCUGGAGCUCCGAGAGAGCAGCAGCGAGGCGGGUUCCAGCACCCAGACCCCUCUGUCCCCAGAUGGAGCGGAUGAGUUCUUCGACACGCAGGAAUCUGUGGAUUUGUGGCUGGAUAGUCCGGACAGUCUCCCGGAAACGGAGACGCCUCUCGAGGUGGCCGCUGACCCCGCGGAAAAGCCGUCGGAAGAGCCGUGAUGCUCCGAAUAUGGACUACGCAGAUCAGGAAGCAUCAUCAUCAUCAUUUUGAUGAUCAUCUGCAAGCGCAGAAGGAUUGUCAGCUAAGCUAUCGUGUGUCUCCAUGUUGGCUCCACAUGGCUGUGUGAUGGCGAUCUACCCUUUUUAGUCGACAUACCUCAAUCUGGCUGAUUUAAGCAGUUGUCGACAUUAGCAGUUGUUUGAGACUUUGGCCAGAGACAAAGGGAAGAAUGGGUGACAAUAAAGGAUUUUUGGACCUACGACAAUUUGUUGACAUGGUUUUCCUCCAACUGUGCUCAAUUUUAAUAGACGCAUUUUCUAAGUUGUGAAAAGGAAGAUUAAGGAUUGACCUUUGACCUACUCUUGCUGAAGGUUGGAACAUUCUUCUUGCCCAUCCCACUCUUCUUUCUGCCCUUUUUUUUUUUUAUUAACCCCAGAUCUGUUACAACAAAAACUUGCCACCGACGAUGAUUAAAUCAACAAAACCACAAGACAUGUCAACACGAACAAGAAUGAGUUCCCUAUAAGAAUCUAUGGAAACAUGACACAUUGGUUCUAGUCUUAUAUACAAACCCCGUUUCCAUAUGAGUUGGGAAAUUGUGUUACAUGUAAAUAUAAACGGAAUACAAUAAUUUGCAAAUACUUUUCAACCCAGUUGAAUAUGCUACAAAGACAACAUGGUAAAUGGGUUGUACUUGUAUAGCACUUUUCUACCCCUUUUUAAGGAGCCCAAAGCGCUUUGACACUAUUUCCACAUUCGCCUAUUCACACACACAAUCACACACUUGACGGCGGGAGCUGCCAUGCAAGGCGCUCACCUGGCCCAUCAGGAGCAAGGGUGAAGUCUCUUGCCCAAGGACACAACGGACGUGACUAAGAUGGUAGAAGGUGGGGAUUGAACCAGUAACCCUCAGAUUACUGGCACAGCCACUCUACCAACUUUGCCACGCCGUCAAACGAAUCAACUUUUUUUUUUUUUUGUGCAAAUAAUCAUUAACUUUAGAAUUUGAUGCCAGCAACACGUGACACUGAAGUUGGGAAAGGUGGCAAUAAAUACUGAUAAAGUUGAGGAAUGCUCAUCAAACACUUACUCGGAACAUCCCAGAGGUGUGCAGGCUAAUUGGGAACAGGUGGGUGCCAUGAUUGGGUAUAAAAGCAGCUUCCCAAAAAAUGCUCAGUCUUUCACAAAAAAGGAUGGGGCGAGGUACACCCCUUUGUCCACAACUGCGUGAGCAAAUAGUCAAACAGUUUAAGAACAACGUUUCUCAAAGUGCAAUUGCAAGAAAUUAAUGGAUUUCAACAUCUACGGUCCAUAAUAUCAUCAAAAGGUUCAGAGAAUCUGGAGAAAUCACUCCAUUUAAGCGGCAUGGCCGGAAACCAAGAUUGAAUGCCCGUGACCUUCGAUCCCUCACACGGCACUGUAUCAAAAACAGAUAUCAAUCUCUAAAGGAUAUCACCACAUGGGCUCAGGAACACUUCAGAAAACUACCGUGACUAAAUACAGUUGGUCGCUACAUCUGUAAGUGCACGUCAAAUCUGUACUAUGCAAAGCGAAAGCCAUUUAUCAACAACAUCCAGAAAAUCCGCCGGCUUCUCUGGGCCCGAGAUCAUCUAAGAUGGACUGAUUCAAAGUGGAAAAGUGUUCUGUGGUCUGACGAGUCCACAUUUCAAAUUGUUUUUUGGAAAUAUUCGACCAUCCAGCGAACCAUCCAGACUGUUAUUGGCGUGAAGUUCAAAAGCCAGCAUCUGUGAUGGUAUGGGGGUGCAUUAGUGCCCAACACAUGGGUAACUUACACAUCUGUGAAGGCACCAAUAAUGCUGAAUGGUACAUACAGGUUUUGGAGCAACAUAUGCUGCCAUCUUUUUCAUGGACCCCCCUGCUUAUUUCAGCAAGACAAUGUCAAGCCACAUUCAGCACGUGUUACGACGUGGCUUUGUAAAAAAAAGAGUGUGGGUACUUUCAUGGCCCACCUGCAUUCCGGACGUGUCUCCCAUCGAAAAUGUGUGGCGCAUUAUGAAGCAUAAAAUACGACAGCGGAGACCCCGGACUGUUGAACGACUGAAGCUCUACAUAAAACAAGAAUGGGAAAGAAUUCCACUUUCAAAGCUUCAACAAUUAGUUUCCUCAGUUCCCAAACGUUUAAUGAGUGUUUUUAAACGAAAAGGUGAUGUAACACAAUGGUGAACAUGCCCUUUCCCAACUACGUUGGCACGUGUUGCAGCCAUGAAAUUCUAAGUUAUUUGCAAAAAAAAAAUCAAGUUUAUGAGUUUGAACAUCAAAUAUCUUGCCUUUGUAGUGCAUUCAAUUGAAUAUGGGUUGAAAAGGAUUUGCAAAUCGUUGUAUUCCGUUUAUAUUUACAUCUAACACAAUUUCCCAACUAAUGGAAAUAGGGUUUGUAUAUACACAUAUGUAUAUAUAUAUAUAUAUAUACAUAUACAUAUAUAUGUAUACAUAGAUAUAUAUAUGUAUGUAUAUACAUAUAUAUAUAUGUAUAUAUAUAUAUAUACAUGUGUGUGUGUGUGUGUGUAUAUAUAUAUAUAUAUAUAUAUGUAUACAUAUAUAUAUAUAUAUGUAUAUUUACAACUGUGUAUAUGUGUGUGUAUAUAUAUAUAAAUACGUGUGUGUAUAUGUAUGUAUAUAUACGUGUGUGUAUAUGUAUGUAUAUACACGUGUGUGUGCGUAUGUAUUUAAAUACACACGUGAGUGUGUGUUUAUGUAUGAUUAUUUAUACAUGUGUCUGUAUAUGAAUGUGUACACACAUACAUGUGUAUGUAUGUAUGUGUACAUGUGCACCUGUGAUAUAUAUAUAUAUAUAUAUAUAAAUGUGUGUCUGUACAUAUAUAUGUGUGUAUAUAUAUAAGUAUAUAUAUAAGUGUGUGUAUAUAUAUAUAUAAGUAUAUAUAUAUAAGUGUGUACAUAUAUAUAUAUAUAUAUAUCUGUACACAUAUAUAUGUGUGUGUAUAUAUACACAUAAAUGUGUCUAUAUAUACAGUAUGUAUAUAUUUAUACACACAUAUGAGGUUAUACAGGAAGACUGUGAGAGUUUGGACACAGUUAAAGCGUUUGGUAAUCGGUGAAAAAUAAGCAUGGUCUAUCCUUGCUUGAGAGUAAUGUAUUGAAACGGAUAACUCAUUCCAUGUCAGAGAGAACUGGUUUCCAAUCACAUAAUCUAGGUUGGUUAAUCGGAUCUUUAAAAAGCCAAACCUGGUCAAAUGAAGGUACUCACAUGUGUCAUAUAAAUCUUAUUUCAAGCCAGUUCAUGCAACCGUUUGGUUUUCUUUUUUUUUUUGGAGCAUGUAACUGUCGACUGCAACUUUUAGUAAGAAGAAGGACUCUGUGUUCCCGGACUUCAUGAUAUGUUCAUUUAGAUCAGGGGUCGGCAACCCGCGGCUCCAGGGCUCUUGAUGAGGCUCAGCUGCAUAAUCGCCGACCCCCAGAUUGUUUCUGGUGCCUUAACCGGACAUCAACCGGGGUUAACAUCCUCCGGUCUACAUUCGGAUUACAAUAUUGAGGCGUGCCGUGAUGGCUUUACUUUUAACGUCCUCUACAAUAUGUUAUCUGCGUGCCGGCCGGACGCAUGCAUCUCGCUGCUUCUUUUGUCACAUGUACGCGAUCUCAAGGCAUAUAGUCAACAGCCAUACAGGUUACACUGAAGGUUGUAAUAUAAACAACUUCAACACUCUUAUUAAUAUACGCCACACUGUGAACCCACACCAAACAAGAAUGACAAACACAUUUCAGGAGAACAUCCUCACAGUAACACAACAUAAACUCAACAUAGAAAUUACCCAGAACCCCUUGCAUCCAUGACUAUUUCAGCCUAUAUUAUACACCCCCGCGCCCCCAACCCCACCCACCUCAACGGUGGGUGGUGCUGGCGGGGUAUAUAAUAUAGCCUGAAAGAGUCAUGGAUGUAAGGGGUUCUGGGUAAUUGUUAUUUUGUGUUACUUUGAGGAUGUUCUCCCGAAAUAUUUGUCAUUCUUGUUUGGUGUGGGUUCACAGUGUGGCGCAUAUUAGUAAGAGUGCUAAAGUUGUUUGUAUCACCACCUUCAGUGUAACCCGUAUGGCUGUUGACUAUAUGCCUUGCAGUCAGGUACGUAUUUCAACAGAAACCACUUACAACAUGUUUUAUGGGCUGCCAGGUUUUCUGCACAUGCUGUAGAAGGCGUCAAAGGCAAUGGCUUCAUAGCACGCCCUGAUUAUUGUUGUCUGGGUAACUAUCAUCAGAUAUUGGCGAGAAUGGGUUGCGGCUCCCAUUAUCUUCUUUAUUUUGUGAAACGGGUCAAAAUGGCUCUUUGAGUGGUAAAGGUUGCCGACCCCUGAUUUAGAUCAAACUGUGUUACAUGUGCCACUAGUGGUACGCAGGCUCCACCUAGUGGUACAUUAAAGAAUCACUGAAUAAAUAUUCAAACUGUGUAAUGUUACUGUGGCCAAUAAUAUUAAAUGUACAUUUUAAAUGAAA